AUGUCAUCUUCAAAGUUGAACGAAGAAAACGUCGAAAAGACGAGUUACGACGAGACGUGGAACGACGACGAAUCGGAUGACAGUAUAGAAUAUGUCUGGGAAGACAUAGAAGAUCUCAGUUUAGAGUCUCCGCGAGUCGGAGGGCCCCUCUCGCAGUCGUUAGCGAUGAUCCCGCCAACGAUGCACGGCCACGAAUUCAAUCAACCCCUGUCGAGGGUGGUUAUGGUCCGUAAAACGGAUCAAAGGACGUUCAGCAAGGGCAGGAGGGGCGGCGAGCCUCUCCUCGAAACGGUAACCAGGGAAACCGUCGAGCUUUUCAAUGGCGGUCGCGCUGAAAGGAAAUACACGUCCGAAACCAGAGACAUCGUUACGCCAAAGUCAAACAGUAUGCCCUCGCUCGCUGUUAAUGGAACGAAAAAGAAGGUGGUCGGCUUUGUCGACCAGCUGUCGCCCGAAAGAUCGAGGACGGAUUCGGUAAGAUCGAAGUCCCCUCUGACGGCGUCGCCAGCCUCUCCAGGACCACUGUCGAAUUCCCUCCACGGCAGUUUCCACGGUAGUUUAGGAAGCGAUGGAAUGUCUUACAGCAGCGCCAGGUCGUCCUCGGCGUCACCUGAUUCUGCAAGAUGCUCGUCGACACCGAUAACAAAGACUGACACACGUAAACCAUCUGUGCGCAGAUUGGGGCCUCCGAAGGAAUUCAUCAACGUUUGUCUUGAAAUGCACAAUUAUUACCGAUCGAGGCAUGGAGUGCCACCUCUUCGUCUUAGCAAACAGUUAUGUAAAACAAGUCAAGAUUGGGCCAACAUACUGGCGACGAGGGGUAGGCUAGAGCAUAGGGCGAACAUCGACUACGGUGAGAAUUUAUACUGCAUGUGGAGCUCCAACCCAAAGACUGUUGUCAACGGCGACGAACCUGUAAAUGAAUGGUAUGCUGAAGAGGCGCAACAUCAAUACGGAAAGGAGCCCACCACCCUAAAAACUGGCCACUUCACUCAGGUCGUGUGGAAAGACAGUACCGAAUUGGGGGUUGGAAUGGCGAGGAAUCGGAACGGUGAAGUUUACGUUGUCUGCAACUACAAUCCGGCCGGAAAUUUCUUGGGUAGCUUCACGGAGAACGUACUUCCUCCAUGUGGAUCAAGCCCCAACAAAAAGACUAACUUCCUGCCGCGAUAUUCCAUGGAUGAACACGCGUGGCAACAGGAGGCUUUGCUCGUUCACAAUGAAUAUAGGAGAAGGCACCGUGUCCCAGAUUUAAGGCUAAACGCAGAAUUGACAGCUGCCGCUAAGGCGUGGGCGAACACGUUGCUGAACACGAACAAACUGAUCCCGCAAUCAUCGUCUCCGUAUGGGGAGAACAUCUACUCAAUGCAGUGUUCCGAUCCGAAGUUAAUUGUACCAGCACGGGAGGUGGUCUCGAAGUGGUAUUCCGAAAAGAAAGAUCACAAGUUUGGGACGGAGCCAAAAAUCUUAAAUACAUGUCACUUCACGCAAAUCGUCUGGAAGAAUACCACAGAUAUGGGAAUCGCAAUGGCCAAAAGGGACGGAAGUUGCGUAGUGGUUGCCUGUUACCAUCCAAGGGGUAACAUUGUCGGUCACUUCACGGAAAACGUGUUGAAGUCAGUGAAGAGCGCCUAUUAGGCCGCAUUUCCA